UAGAGAUGGUGGGUGCAUUAGAUGCUGUUUGGAGGAUAUCCCAAUCAUAAGCAUGAGCAUCAGAUAAAGUUUUUAGUUUGGGGUCCAGGUAUUGGUGGUGGUGUUGUUAAUCUGCAGCUUCUUCUUCUGCUCUACUUGUUCUGGGUGGUGAGGUUGGAUUGGAAAGAACAAAACAAGCAGGAAAGAGAAAGCAAACAAGAGAGAGAGAGCGAGCGAGCGAGAGCGAGAGAGAGAGAGAGAGUAAAGGCUGAGAGGUGGUCAGAUGGAAGCGUCGCUUUAUUACCGCUUUAUCAGAUUGGCAAAGAAGGGAAUCUGAUGGGUUAUUGUGUUCUCGUUGACCGUCUUCCCUUCGUUGGAGGCCGUGUUGUGAACAACAACGACAACAACGCCACCACCCCUUGACACCCUUUUCUCUCUCACUCCUCUCAUUCUCUCUCUUUCCUUCUUUCGUCUCGUUUUGAGAGAUUACUAUGUAGGAAAGAGAGAGGGAGAGAGAAUCUGAUGGAUAGAGAUAGUAUAUAGAGUGGGAGAGUGCGAAAAAAAGCGAGAAAUGUUGGCGGUAGUCGGGGGCGAAGGUGGAGGAAUUGCAGAAAUGGAGAAAGAUUUCGACUCUAAGCUUCGCAUCCAGAACCCUAACGGUGGUGUCCAGCGAUCUAAGAGCUUUGCUUUCAGAGCCCCUCAAGAGAAUUUCACCAUCCAAGACUUCGAAUUGGGCAAGAUCUAUGGCGUUGGUUCCUAUUCUAAGGUUGUGAGGGCAAAAAAGAAGGAUACAGGCAAUGUGUAUGCUUUGAAGAUUAUGGACAAAAAGUUCAUCACAAAAGAAAAUAAAACCUCAUAUGUGAAGUUGGAACGUAUUGUACUUGAUCAAUUGGAUCAUCCUGGCAUUAUCCGGCUAUUUUUCACAUUCCAGGAUACCUUUUCUCUAUACAUGGCACUUGAAUCUUGUGAAGGUGGAGAACUCUUUGACCAAAUAACCUGGAAAGGUCGUCUAUCGGAGGAUGAGGCUCGCUUCUAUGCAGCAGAAGUUGUAGAUGCUCUUGAGUAUAUACAUGGUGUAGGAUUGAUCCAUCGAGAUAUUAAGCCAGAGAACUUGCUGGUUACUGCAGAAGGACAUAUCAAAAUUGCUGAUUUUGGUAGCGUAAAGACUAUGCAGGAUAGCAAAAUCACAGUCCUUCCAAAUGCAUCUUCAGAUGAUAAAUCUUGCACAUUUGUGGGAACGGCUGCAUAUGUUCCACCAGAAGUCCUUAAUUCUUCUCCGGUAACUUUUGGAAAUGACCUUUGGGCACUUGGAUGCACCUUGUAUCAGAUGCUUUCAGGAACUUCUCCCUUCAAAGAUGCAAGUGAAUGGCUCAUUUUUCAAAGAAUCAUAGCCAGAGAUAUCAGAUUUCCAGACUACUUCUCUGCUGAAGCUAAAGACCUUAUUGAUAAGUUAUUAGAUACAAAUCCAAGAAAAAGACCAGGUGCUGGACCUGAUGGCUAUGCUGCACUCAAGAUGCACCCAUUCUUUAAGGGUAUUGACUGGAAAAAUUUAAGAGCGCAAAUACCUCCAAAACUUGCAUUGGAAUCUAAUGUGGUUGAGGCUAAUGAUGGCCAAGAAUCUCCAUGGAACCCUUCACACGUUGGAGAUGGUUCAGUCAGAAAUAAUGAUGGCAGUAGUGGUGCCACAUCAUCUUCUGAAGCAACCGCUCAUGUGACUAGACUUGCUUCAAUUGACUCUUUUGAUUCAAGAUGGCAACAAUUUCUGGAUCCUGGCGAGUCUGUCAUUAUGAUAUCAAUGGUUAAGAAAAUACAGAAAUUAACAAACAAGAAGGUUCAGCUUAUCCUCACUGAUAAACCCAAGUUGAUAUAUGUGGACCCAGCAAAGUUGAUGGUUAAAGGGAACAUAAUAUGGUCUGAUAACCCCAAUGAUCUUAGUAUCCAAGUGUUGAGUCCCUCACACUUCAAGAUUUGCACGCCAAAGAAGGUAAUGUCAUUUGAAGAUGCAAAACAAAGGGCAUGGCAAUGGAAGAAAGCAAUUGAAGGCCUUCAGAACCGGUGAUUUCUGGUGUGAUUUUGAGAAGAUUCUUUGGAUGUUUUGAUGAGAUUGAGUAGGAACAUGAAGGUUCUAAAAGAGUUGGAUGUCACAAUACGUAUUUAUUAGAAGAAAGAGAACUUGUUGCAAUGCAGCAUUGUCAAAGGGUACACUGUUGCCUUCCAUCCCUCCCUCUUGGCCCCUGGAACCACACAUGUGAUGGUGGAAUUUUGGGAAGCCUAACACACUCUGGAGGUUCUGUCCGUUGAAGGACUUGUUUCUUGUAUUAAAAAAAAGACAGUAGCUACUACAAAUGGAAAUUUCAUUACCCCAAGCAGUGUGUACAGUAUUGAGUAUAUUAUCUGUAGGUUUUUGUGCCAAAUGACGAAAAUACAACUGAGUACUUUCUUGGGAGGAAGCCCUCUUCAUAUGGUUUCCACCUUUCAUUACAUUA